UGUCUGCGGGCGGAGACUUCGGGAAUCCGCUGAGGAAAUUCAGGCUGGUGUUCCUGGGGGAGCAAAGCGAGCCGGGAAAAGACGAAGAUGAAGGAAGCCAAGGAUGCCCGCUAUACCAAUGGGCACCUCUUCACCACCAUCUCAGUUUCAGGCAUGACCGUGUGCUAUGCCUGUAACAAGAGCAUCACAGCCAAGGAAGCCCUCAUCUGCCUAACCUGUAACGUGACUAUCCACAACCGCUGUAAAGACACCUUCGCCAGCUGUACGAAGGUCAAGCAGAAGCAACAGAAAGCGGCCCUGCUGAAGAACAACACUGCCUUGCAGUCCAUCUCUCUUCGAAGUAAGAAGGGGCUGAGGUGGAGUGAGAGGAUGCCUCAUUCCUCACUGAGGAGCCUGGGAGGCCUCAAUCCUGGGAAGCACCAGAGUCUGAUGUUUGUCUGCUGGGCAUCUCUCCCCCACAACAACCAUCCGGGAGCGGCCAAGCUCGGCCAUCUACCCCUCCGACAGCUUCCGCAGUCCCUCCUAGGCUCCUGCCAUGGCCGCUCCCCCUUGUCUUUAGCCAAGAGUGUUUCCACCACCAACACUGCUGGACAUUUCAAUGAUGAGUCUCCCCGGGGCUGCACUGGAUCCUCUCACAGUCCACAGACUCCCUCAACAUGCGGAACCGAACCGUAUCCGUGGAAUCCCUCAUUGAUGAAGAUGUCCAGCAGAGGUAAUCUACAAUGAGCUGAUGAGUGACUUUGAGAUGGAUGAGAAGGACUUUGCAGCUGACUGCUGGAGCCUUGCUGUGGACAGCAGCUUCCUGCAGCAGCAAAAAAAAAAGGAGGUGGUGAAGCAGCAGGAUGUCAUCUAUGAUUUUUAAAACCCUGCUCCCUAGCCACAGAGCUAUUCUUGCUACAGUUUUCAUGCCUCUGUGCCUUCCUCAGCUGUUCACCCUGCUGGGACUACACCUCUUGGACAGUGAAAUUCUACACAGCCUCCAGAGCCAGCUCAAAUGUUACCAUCUCUGUGAAACUCUUCUGCUGCCCUAAAUAUACAAAGAUCACAAAGAGUUUAAUUCAUAGUGAUAGCUCUAUCAUGCCUCCAUUAUAUAAUAAAAUGUUUUAUAUAAAUAAAAAAACUCAUAUGUCAAUCACCAUCUUUAAGUGGUACCUACUCAAUCAUCUAUCUGUAAUUUCAAAAAGCAGAACCAAAAAGGAUCUUUGCAAUGAUAACACAUCGUAGGUGAAAGUACUGCAAAUGUUUGCCUCAGCCUCUUAGCUACUGGAAUUCCUUGGCAAGGAGGCAUUUUUAAAUUCAGUUUGGAGCAAUUCCUGUAAUUAGAGCAGCUGCUUAAUUAAGAAGCUGAUUCAAACCACUGUUAAAUGAACCAUUCUUCCCCUUAAAUGAAAGGUUUUGGUCAAAUUACCAGUGGUUAAACGGCUUAAUUAGCCAGUUGUUUUAAUUAUAAAAUUUACAAGUUUAAAAGCCUCUGAUUUCCAAUAAGUUCAACUGAAUUCUUUUCCCCUGUGUCGUGUCAAUAAGUGGGUUUCCUGCUGUCACAUUAACAUUGCAGCCUCCUGAGAGAAAAGGCAACUCUUUACUAAAGAAAGACACGAAACCCCAGGGUUUCAAAUGGAGGCUUUAAAAAUCUUUCAAUUAUCACAAUUAUAAGAUGUAAUCACGCAAUGACAUUUCCCACAGCAUUCCCCUUUCCUUUACAUAUGCCAGAGACAACUGUCCUUCAAUGUUCUUGUUUAUUAAACUGAGAACUAAACCCAUCAAUCCAGGAUGGGGAUAAA